GAGAGAGCCCGGAAACAUUGUUUCUCGGGCGGCUUUCGAGGUUUCGGGACGGAGGCGGGAGAGCGAGGUUGGAUGGAUGUCAGGAAGAGGGAACGCGUCGCGGCCGCGAGCAACGGGCUGGAGGGAUGUCUGACUCUUGCGAUCCGAGGUUGCUGGUGCAAAAAGAUGCAUUCUUGAUGCACAUCACCAUCAUCCUGUUACUGGACUUCAAAGGCUUAGUUUUAAAAAACCAGCAGCUCCUGGAAGGGUGUAGCUUUUCCACCUCCGCUCCGCUGGAUGAUCUUGAAAUUGCAACCCAGGUGUUCUCUUGAAAAUCGAGACAGGCACUUAGUAAAUAAAAUGAUCCGUUGAUGCGCUACAGUGUCACUGAAGGAGUGGUUGCUCUUCUCACAGUCAUGCCUCAGCCACCGGUCGGUUGGACUACUGCAACGUACUCUACGUGGGGCUGCCCUUGAAGAGUAUUCGGAAGCUAUCACUGAUCCAGGAUGUGGCAGCUUGAGGAACGGACUUGCCCCCCCCGCCCCAUUCACCCACUGGAACAUCCAAUUCGCCCAUAUAUCACCAAUAUUUCAAGAGCUGCGGCGGUUGCCAAUUGCAGUUCAAGGUGCUGGUUGUUAGCUUUAAAGCCCUUCAUGGCUCAGGACAUGGGUGUCUGCGGGGCCACCUACUGUGAACUGUAUCUGUCAGUCCAACCAGAGCUGCUAGAGUGAGCUUCUUUCAAGUCCCUUCACUCACAGAAUGCCAUCUCCAGGGACCAUGAAAGACCCUUCUUAGUAAUGGCCCUCUUUUGUGGAACAGCUUUCCCCGAAUAUUUGGAUGGCCCCUUCUGAUUUUAAGGAAAUCCUUUAAAAUAGGGAUAAUAGAGGCUGGGAUAGUGUGAUCUUGUUCUCUUUGGUAGUGGUAGAUCUCUUGAUUUUUCAUUAUAUUAAAGAACUUUCCUGAUGCUGUCUGCAGGUUGUGUGAUAUUAUUGAUUUGUUUUCUUUUUAUUGUAUGGCUUUUACCCCAAUUUAUGGAGGUUGGGGUGUAGGCCACUCAGAAUUGUUCAUGCCCAGUAAAAUAAAAUAUAAAUAAAUAUAUAUUUUUAAAAAAAGAUUUCCUAUAUUUUCCCUGAUUGCAGCUGGCCUUUUAAACAAUUCCACUCUUAUUCAUCCGUAGAAUCAUGGCAGGAGCUAUAUACUUUCUUUAAAAUAACACUGGGAAGGUUACAGAAAUUACCCACCAAUACAGAUGGUUUUUAAAAAGCAGGAAGCCAAUGGUUUCAUCGUUUCCCUUUAUGCUUUUGGAGAUCACCAUGUAAGCAAGGUUGGUAAACCCAGCUGCUGUAGAAUGAUAACAGAAAGAGGAUCUGGUGUCCUUCCAUUCUUGUUUGGGAACUUACUUGCACAAGUGAGUAAAAUCAAGCUGCAAGCCUCUGUUGCAGGGCGUGUUAUGGAAAUAUGGGGUCUGUAUGGGUGGAUUUGGGAUCUUGGCCACUGUGGGACUCUGAAUGCUGGACUGAAAUGGUCUUUGGCUUGAUCCAGGAAAGCUCUUUUUACAUAUCGAUGCUUUUGGAAAUCCGUGCAUCAAAGCCCAACCCCCAUUGUGUGGUGCACAUUGUUUGGACAUCAGAGCGAAAUUAAGCAAUGUACUGCGGUUGUAGGAAGGAUUUCACCAGCAGACAUGGAAAGAUGAGAAUCCUGUGACUUUUGAAGAUGUGGCUGUGUAUUUUACAAAGGGUCAGGGGGCUUUGCUAGAUGCACAUCAAAAGGCCUUGUACAGGGAUGUUAUGGUGGAAAACUACAGGAAUGUGAUCUCCUUAGGAUUUCCAGGUGCCAAACCUGACCUUAUCCAGCGCCUGGAACGAGGAGAAGACCCUUGGUUGCUGGAUUCUCAUGACUUGGAGAAUUCCCACCUGAGCUCAGAUGAGAGGAGAGAAAAGCACAUAAGCAUUAUUUGUGGAGAACAUUUCAUUUGGAAACAAAGCCUUGCCAAACACCAGCGAGUCGACACAAGAGGGAAACCCCAUAAAUGUUUGGAGUGUGGGAACGCUUUUUCUAAGAAAUCAAAACUUGUGGUCCAUCAGAGAGCCCACACAGGAGACAAACCAUAUAAAUGCUUGCAAUGUGGAAACUGUUUUGAUUGGAAAUCACGGUUUGUGGUCCACCAGAGAAUCCACACUGGAGAGAAGCCAUACAAAUGCUUGGAUUGUGGGAAGUGUUUUGCUUACAAAUCAGGCUUCUUAAGGCACAAGAGAAUCCACACGGGAGAGAAAUCAUAUCAGUGUUUGGAGUGUGAAAGAUGUUUUGCUCAGAAAUCACAACUCUUAAGGCACCAUAAAGUCCAUACAAAAGAGAAACCAUAUAAAUGCUUAGAGUGUGGGAAAUGCUUUGCUGACAAAUCAAGCUUUCGAUACCACCAGGGGAUCCACACAGGUGAGAAUCCCUAUAAAUGUUUGGACUGUGGGAACUGUUUUGCUAAGAAAUCCAAACUGGUGAUCCAUCAGAGAAUCCACACAGGAGAGAAGCCGUAUAAAUGCUUGGACUGUGGGAACUGUUUUGCUCGGAACUCACAACUCAUAAGGCAUCAGAAAGUACACACCAAAGAAAAGCCUCAUCAAUGCCUGGAAUGUGGAAAAUGUUUUGCCGAGAAAGCAAAGCUCAUGAUCCACCAGAGAACCCACACAGGAGAAAAACCAUUUCAAUGUUUGGAUUGUGAGAAGUGUUUUGCUUGCAAAUCAAGCUUCCUAAGACAUAAAAGAAUCCACACCGGUGAGAAACUAUAUCAGUGUUUGGAGUGUGGAAAAGAUUUUGCUCAGAAAUCACAACUCAUAAGGCAUCAGAAAGUACACACCAAAGAAAAACCUUAUCGGUGCUCAGAGUGUUCAAAGUGCUUUGCUGAGAAAUCACAACUCCUAAGGCAUCAGGAAGUACACACGGAUGAGAAACCAUAUAAAUGCUUGGAAUGUGGAAAAUAUUUUGCCGAAAAUUCACAACUUGUAAGACAUCAGGAAGUCCAUACAAAAGAGAAACCAUAUAAAUGCUUGGAGUGUGAGAAAUGUUUUGCUCGGAAAUCAAAGUUCAUAAUCCACCAGAGAGUUCACACAGGAGAAAAACCAUUUCGGUGCCCAGAGUGUGAGAAAUGUUUUGCUUGCCCAUCAAACUUAGUGACGCACCAGAGAAUCCACACUGGGGAGAAGCCAUACAAAUGCUUGGAUUGUGGGAAAGCUUUCACUCAAAAACCAAGCCUUGUGACUCACCAGAGAAUCCAUAGGGGAAGAAAACAGUUGUAAUGCCUUCCUGAAAGAGGAAAUGUGUCUUGUGAAAGAAUCCACAAAAAGAGAAAUGCUGUAAAUAGGUCAACUGUAGGAUAUGUCUGCUUGUGACUCGUCUUUUGUAAGCUACUAGAGUCUGUACAGAGAAUGAGGUCCACAGAUGAUUAGAAUGCAAAAAUCGGUUUAUUUGGAAAUUACAAAUCUCGCAGCACCAGAAAGUACACAUUAGAUAGUUCUUGGAAUGUUGAAAUUAUUUUGCCCGGCAAUGUCUUUUAUUUAUUUAUAGAUAUAUAGAUAUAUUUUAUGCAGACAGAUCAUCUAUAUAGAAAAGAAAGAUUUGUUUGUUGUCAUGAAAAUAGUGUUUGACAUUAUACAUGAACAAAAAGCAUUUCUUCAUGAAUUCUCAGCCUUAUAUAUAAUAAACAUGUCAUGCGAACAUAUAUACACACACAUCACGUUAUUCUCUUUAGGGGUGAGCAACAUUAUGUAAAAUGAGAAAAAUUAAAGGCAUGAGAUGAGAAAAUAUAGCUAAAUAUAGGUUCAACCAGUGCCAUACACUGUGGCUCUCCAUUUGUACAAACCAUCCUUGCUUUCACGUGUUCAUAUACUGUUUGAUACGUUGCUUUUCAUUAUUUAAAUUUCUCUUUUUUGAGAAACUCAUCUUCCAACCACACUUUUCUGUUUUCCCUUUCUUUUCUUCAUUCUUCCUUCAUAUUAAAAUUAUGUUCAUAUUCAAUCCUUGGUCAUUUUUUCUAUAUAGCCAAAUCCCCUCGACAUACCUUUUUCAUACAGAUCACUCGUUUUUGUAUUCAGUUCACAUCCAUUCAUCACUCAUUCAUUCUUGUCUCUCCUUGCUUACCGCACACAUUUCUUAAGCGCCCCAUCCCCACUCCACUCAGAUUACUUCUGUUUCUCCUGAUAUAUCCAAUUAUAUAUAACAAAGAGGGCAAAAGCAUACACCUAUACACAACAAUUUUCAUUUUUGUUGACAAAUACUCAUCCCUUGUAACUACUUACGACCCACUACUUUUCUACCAGUAUUUGCACAUCUUAUUUAUGUUUCCAAUUUCUAGGCCACCAAACUGCAACAACUCUUAAAAUUUUCCAUCCAUUUCUCCUUAGGUACAUAAAUUCAUCAACUUGCUCUGUGUACAAUUUGAAAUUGUUCACUCCAUUUGUCCUGUCCAGUACAACUACUUUGGACUUUGAUACAUAUAUUUUCAGAUUCUUUCUCUUUGUUGCAUCAUUAUCAUCUAACAUUUACUGUAGAUCGUUUGGGUUUCCAGCCAAUAAUAUGGCAUUAUCUACAAACCAAGGAACGUAUAUAUUCACAUUCCAAAUCAGCACACCUGUCAUCACCAGAUGCAUUCCUUAUAUAUUUAUCCAUAAAUUCAUUAAACAACCAAGGGGAUAUUACACAUCCUUGUCUUACUUCCUCUUCAUUGCUAAUCAUUCUAUUUCUUCCCACCUUUGCUUUCCUUCCAUCAGACUGUUCUUACUGCAUUCAGCAAGCAACAUUCAACUCCAUAUUUGCGCAAAAUAUUCCUCAGUUCAAGGCUAUUUGUUUUAUCAUAUAUCUUCUCUAAAUCAACAUACACAAACAUUGUGUCUCAAUGUCAUACUUUUCUCAAUCACCUGCAGAAAAGCAAAACUCUGAUCUGCGCAUUCCCUGCUCAGCAGAAAGCCACACUGCAUCUACUGAAUUUUGCUCAGUGUCCCUUCUGGUAAUUUGAGCAGCGUCCUACCAAACAUUUUUCUAGACAGACUUAGCAAAUUAAUCUGUCUUAGUUUUUGCAUUCAUUCUUGCUACCUUUUCUUUUGUUUAGGAGAAUAUUCUUUCAAUUGUCAGAUGCAGACGUACAACUUUACUGGGGUCAGUGAUAGUCACAUGUGACAGAAAGACACAAAACAACAUAAAAAGCAAUACAAGCCUUUUACAGGGUUAUAAAAUCCUAAAAUUAAGAUAAUCAUUUGCUGCAUAGAGUAAGUUUACAACCCUUCUGGCGUCGCAAUAAAGGUAUACAACUGGGCACAGAAGCAGGUAGACCUACGCUUAUCAGCAUUCCAUUUUUCAACACACAACAUUUAUGACUUUGUUUCAUUUUUUCCGAAUUAACUUUGAUCUCAUUUGUUUCAAAUCCAUCUUCAACAUAUCAUUCAUUUGCCAAGUCUGCAGACUUUUUGUUAGUUUCUGAUUUCUUCUGCCUAUCAUGGCUUUAAUUAAUCAAGACUUUCACAUAAUGCUUGUUAGUAAGAUAGAGAAAGUGUAGACUAGGUUACUGGCCUUAGUUGUAUUGUACCAUGUGCAACGUGGCCUGCUAAUGAUAAGGACAGUGCCAUACAUUUGGGCGCAUUGUGGCCAGUAGGCCAGGAGUAUGACACAAGCUCAGUUUACCAGAAUUAUGUUUAGGAUACCUUGGCAAACUAAGAUCUUUAGUCUAGAUACUACUUUGCAAACCAAUGCACUAUUGCCUGUAUUCCACCAACUAGAUAUAGCCACCAUAUGAAUAAUUUUCUAAUUAAAAUUGAAGCAAUUGAACUCCUUCUCAGGUGCCUUCAAGUGACUGGAGGUGUUUUGAAUCCCCUUUACAAGUACCCUCAACGCUGUCCACAGUUCCGUGUAUUAGGUAUGCUUACUUCUACACGGUUGAUUUUUUUUAGCAUUUCAUUGAUCUGCUAGUUACGUUGUGUUUGAAUUGGCCUUCCAGGACUAGGUGACCAUGUGUUUUGCUAUAUCUGGGCUUUCCAACAUGACACCUGGUGAAAACAUCCACAGGAAAUGCAUCCCCCGAUGUGAUGGAAGACAUGGAUGAGGAGGUUCAAGGUCAAGGGGAGAAGCAUCUCCUCAGCCCAUAGCCUGAGCAUG